GGGAGCUCUCUGCGGGCGCAGUGCUGAUCCGCCGGCGGGCGGCCGGGAAUGCGAAGCGAUGGCCGCGGGCGGCUCGGGCAACGGCGGCGGCGGCAGCGCGGAGGAGAAGACCUACCGCCGCUUCCUCGAGCUGUUCCUGGGCGAGUUCCGCGGGCCCUUCGGGGCAGAGCCGGAGCCCGAACCGGAGCCCGAACCGGAGCCGGAGCCGGCGGCCCCCCCUCCCGCUGCCGAAGCCGCGGGAGACGCUGACGAGGAGCCCGGGGCAGAGGGAGAAGCGGGAGCGGCCGCCGAGGCAGAGGAGGGAGAAGGCGGCGAGGGCGAUGCCGGCGACCCUCAGCCGCCCGCCCCGCCGCCGCCGCCCCCGCCGCUGCCCUCGCUGCCCCGGCCGCUCUCGGAGUACAUCACGGAGGAGGAGGUGGAGGGCGAGUGCCUGGACCUCUGCCUGCAACAGCUCUACAAGUAUAAUUGCCCCUCAUUCCUGGCCUCUGCUUUAGCCAGAGCAACUUCAGAUGAAGUCCUGCAGAGCGACCUCUCGGCGCAUUUCCUGCCCAAGCACGUGGACAACGCCGACGGCAUCAUCCAGAUCGAGACGGUGAAGUUGGCCCGUUUGGUUUACAGCAAACUGCACGAGAUCUGCAGCAGCUGGGUGAAGGAUUUCCCCCUGCAGCCCAAGCCCCACCGCUACUACGACACCUCCAUCCACGCCAUCAAGAACAUGCGCAGGAAGAUGGAGGACAAGCACGUCUGCAUCCCCGACUUCAACAUGCUCUUCAACCUCGAGGACCAAGAAGAACAAGCUUAUUUUGCAGUGUUUGAUGGCCAUGGAGGAGUGGAUGCUGCCAUCUAUGCCUCCAUCCACCUGCACGUGAACAUGGUGCACCAGGAGAUGUUCCAGCAGGACCCGGCCGAGGCUCUGUGCCGCGCCUUCCGCGUCACCGACGAGCGCUUCGUGCAGAAGGCAGCCAGGGAGAGUCUGCGCUGCGGAACCACCGGGGUGGUGACUUUCAUCCGAGGGAAUAUGCUGCAUGUGGCUUGGCUGGGGGACUCCCAGGUCAUGCUGGUGAGGAGAGGCCAAGCAGUGGAACUGAUGAAACCCCACAAACCAGAUCGAGAGGAUGAGAAGAAGCGAAUCGAGGCCCUGGGCGGCUGCGUGGUCUGGUUUGGAGCCUGGAGGGUGAACGGGAGCCUCUCUGUCUCCAGAGCUAUUGGGGACGCUGAGCACAAGCCAUACAUCUGUGGGGACGCAGACUCUGCCUCCACGGUGCUGGAUGGCUCUGAAGACUACCUCAUUCUGGCCUGUGAUGGCUUCUAUGACACAGUGAACCCUGAUGAGGCAGUCAAAGUGGUGGCUGACCAUCUGAAGGAGAACAACGGUGACAGCAGCAUGGUAGCACAUAAAUUGGUGGCAUCCGCUCGCGAUGCCGGCUCCAGCGACAACAUCACGGUCAUCGUGGUGUUCCUCAGGGACAUGAACGCGGCGGUCGCCGUCAGCGAGGAGUCGGACUGGACUGAGAACUCCUUCCAAGGGGGGCAGGAAGACAACGGGGAAGACAAGGAGAACCACGGAGACUGCAAACGGCCCUGGCCCCAGCACCAGUGCUCAGCGCCUGCGGAUUUAGGCUAUGAAGGACGAGUGGACUCCUUCACCGACAGAACUAGCUUAAGCAUAGGCUCCAGCGUUAACCCCUUGGAGGAUCAAGGCUAUUUAGACCUGACAAAAACAGAAACUAGUACACCUCAGAGUGCCAAAUGUCUGCCACCAGUCCGAGCGUUUAGUCCUGGCAUACCAAAGAGCGCGGGUCGGAUCGGCGGCUCCCCGGGGAAGAGCGAGGCCCCGGCGCCCGGCGCGCCCUGGGGCUGCGAUCGCGGGGAGGACGAGCUCGGCCCGCUGGGCUCGGGGGCUGCAGGGCAGGGCAUCUACAGGGUCAGGGGCUCGUCCCCCGUCUCCUUCGGGCUGGAAGAUGAACUGUUCCAAUCCUUGGGAAAACGAGCCGCGUUCUCUCAUUUGCGGCCCUUCAGCGGGAAGAGGCGGCGAGGAGCCAGGCUCAAACCAAAGUUUCACACGCCGCUCUGGGCUCAGGAGCCUUCCCAGGGAGAAGGGUCCGGCCUGCCCUUCCCUGCCCGGGGCCGCAGGAGCCGGAGGGCCUUGGCCCGGCCCUCCCCGUGGCGGAGGCUGCCCAGCCACGGCUCUUACAGCGAGUGUUUGAUGCGAAGACAAAGUCAUUGUAUACCAGACCCACACCUUCAUCAAUGCUGUAAAAUGUAACCACCCCCUCGUGUUCCCCUGUCAGACUCCCAUAGUAGACAUUCCCAAAAUAAAACUGGCAUCAUCAGAAAGAGAAAAAAAAAAAAAAAAGAAAAAAAAAAAAGAGGUGGGCAUUUCCGAACUGUACUCCAGUCCCCUGCCAAGCUCAACCCCGUGUAAAUAGAACUAGGAAUUAACCAAUGUAGUUGUUUGGAUCUCUAACAAAGUUUGGUGGUGGUGCCACCCCCAGCAAUGCCGCAGCCGCCCGACCACCCGCACACACGAGUGUCAGCCACAUCCAGCAGGGAGAGCCCAGCAGCGCUGCACGUGGACAGACAGACAGACAGACAGACAGACAGACAACGCCAGGGCACGUCCUUACACACGCAGAAGGUUGCACCUGCCUGAGAAAUGUCUGUGGAGCAAUACUCAAAGAACGAUCUGGGUUAGAACUGCCAAAUUUUUUUAGAGCGGGGGGAAGUUUCCAUAAUAGAGUCGAGGUGUUUUUGGGUUUUUGUUUUUCCUUUCGUGUUCUGCUUUCUGUUUAUUCCAGGUGAGCGUUAAGAUGAAUUAGAAAAUUACAUCCACUUUUGCAGGUAGACGACUAAAAGCCAUACAGGGUUUACCAGGUACCUUAGGAAUGGACACACUAAGCUCCUGCUGCUCUGGUCUCAGACUCCCAUCGAGGUACAGACUCAUCAUUUACCUUUUUUUUCCCAUGUAAUAUAAAAUGCAGAGUAUGAAGAAAACUUUUCUUGCAGUUUAAAGAAAUUAUUUCCUAUAGCUGGAGGUGCAGUGUAGGGAAUUUCGUAUCUUUCUGGUGCUUUUGGUGGCAUUUUCCUCAUUUCUCAGUUUAGGAAAUUGUUCUCAAUGAGUUGAACAUGACUGUGCUUAAUGCUCUGAGCCAACCUCUUCCCACCUUAACUUCAUCUCAGGUCUUAAAAGAACCCAACCCGUGGAGGUGUCCAGUCCCACCCUCUGUCCCCGCCCGUCCCAGCGGAGAUCAGGAGCUGUUGGAGGAGCUGUGUGGUUCUGGUGAGGAUUCCCAGCUGGCAAAGGCAGCGUUUCAC